UAGGCAGAUAUUUUUGGUGUGACCAAAACAUCAAUACGCAGAUUCGUUCCUUAAAGGGGGAAAAAAGCGUUGCUCUAAAGCUAGCUACUACUACAAAACCCCAUCAAAUAUCAUACUACUACUACUACUAGUAGUGUAUGUAUACAGGAAGUUUCUGAAUUCGAUUUCGCCGUCCUAUCUACGCUCUCACUCUAUUCGUUCAGUUAAGGAGAAAAUGGAAGGGACAGUUUUCGCCCCUGCAUUGGAUGGAAUGAAGCAUGUUAAGUCAGCAGAUGGAGUAAUCCUGACUAAGCCAUUCUUGGAUGUAUGCAAGCUUAUUUUACCUGUUAUAGAUAAGUUUGGAGCGGCUAUGGCACUUGUGAAAUCUGAUAUCGGAGGCAAUAUAACUAGGUUGGAGAACAAAUACUUGACCAACCCAACAAAGUAUGAACAUUUAUACAGCAUGGUACAAGAAGAAGUUGAUGCUAAGACUGCUAAAGGCUCAUCUAGUUGCACCAAUGGUCUUUUGUGGUUGACAAGGGCUAUGGAUUUUUUGGUGGAGUUGUUUCGGAAUCUAAUUCACCAUCAAGACUGGGCGAUGUCUCAAGCUUGUACUGAUUCAUACAACAAGACUCUGAAACAGUGGCAUGGUUGGCUAGCCAGUUCAAGCUUUACGGUUGCUAUGAAGCUUGCUCCUGAUAGGACAAAGUUCUUAGAAGUCGUAGGGGGCAAAGGUGACGUGAAUAGUGAUAUCGAAAAAUUCUGCGCCACUUUCGCACCAUUUCUUGAGGAGAACCACAAGUUCUUGGCUAGCGUUGGCAUGGAUGGUCUCAAGUCAUCAUAGAUGACGAACGAAGACUUGUUAAAAUCCUGGUUUAAUCUUAUUCAGUAUCAAGCAGUAUGCCUUGCUAAUAAAUCAGAAACAAAAAACAAUUUAUUUAUGUACUUUUGACCCAAGAACUUCUAUACAUGGCUUUCUUUUGUAAAUUCAUAACCCACAUCAAUUCCAAGGUUAGCAAGAAGGUGAAGUUGGAUGUUAGAACCUGCUGUUCUUUUCUUCUGCUAUACAGUAAUUCUUUAAUCACUAUCUAGUGAGUUUGUUGCUUGGGUUGGUCCCAUCCCUCUGUAAAUGCAGCUUGUUAUGCUACGCUGGCAGUGGCAGCAAA